AAUGGUAUAUCGUAUAUUCACCAUAGUUAUUCUUGCAGAAAAUAUUCGCAUUCUGAAGUUGAUUAGAUUCAACUAAACUGAUGAUGAAAACCAUUCACCACCAGAAACUAGCUCACAUUACGACUAGAGCAUUGUCAAAGACUCCCAGCAGUUCGCUUCCUUUGAUUGUAUCCGAAGAAGUACAACAGGCCUUGGCUCAAAACAAGCCGGUGGUAUCUCUAGAAUCAACCAUUCUCACUCAUGGGUUCCCCUACCCAGAAAACCUUUCAUUAGGCGAACAGUUUGAGAAGGCCGUACGCCAAGAAGGAGGGGUGCCGGCAACCAUUGCAUUUUUGAAAGGGGUGCCGCACGUUGGACUUAGUUCUCUGCAAUUGAUAGAAUUAACAGAGAAUUCCAAAACGGCUGUUAAAGUUUCUCGCCGUGAUAUAGGCCAUGUUAUGGCCAAAAAAUUAUAUGGUGCUACCACAAUUGCUUCAACAAGCAUUUUGUCAUGUAUGGCUGGGAUCAGUGUUUUUGGUACUGGUGGUCUUGGAGGAGUUCACAAAGAAGGUCAAUUCACCAUGGAUGUUUCCAACGAUUUGGUAGAGUUGGGAAGAAACCCAAUCACAGUAGUAUGUGCCGGGCCAAAGUCUAUCUUGGAUAUUGGACUCACUAUGGAGUACUUAGAAACUCAAGGGGUGUACGUCACUACUUAUAACGAGUUUAAGGAUCCAAUUGACACCGUUGAAAUUCCUGGGUUCUACGCUCGUAAAUCAGGAAUAAAGUCACCUAAUGCAUUUGAGUCAUUUGGUGAGAUAGCUGAUAUCAUUCGCCAUCAGAGGCUAAUGAACUUGGAGUCUGGAAACUUGGUGUGUAUUCCACCCCCUCUGGAUUUUGCCAUGGACUCUGGAGUCAUAGGCAAGAUCAUUGAGGAUGCCUACGAAGAAGCAAAACACUUGGGUAUCAAGGGGAAAGAGAUUACACCAUUCUUGUUGUUGAAGAUCGGAGAAAUGACUAAAGGAAAGUCCCUUGACUCGAACAAGCACUUUGUGUUGAAUAAUAUCAAGUGUGCUACUAAAAUCGCUCUGGAGUUGACUAACGUAAGUACCAAUUGAAAUUUUGUUUAUGAAUUUAUACUGAUGUUUCCACAGCUAAAAGAUGAUUAUAUGUCAG